AUGGAAGAUGAGGAAGGCGAAGAGGACAUAAUGGAACUGAAGCCUUUGGAUGAUGGUUCGCAAGGGUCCAAGGCCAAAGGCAAGAAGUCCAAGAAAGGCAAAGCUGACCAGCAAGAUGAGGAGGCAGACCUUGCACCCGUAAGCAAAGGCUGGGGUCGUCAUGACUUCUACGGUGGAGAAGAUGCCGGCGACGACUCUGAAGGGGCAAGUGAUGAGGACCUGACUUUCAAGGAGGCAAAGAAGCUUGAGGAGCUGCGAGCGGCUCGCUUGCAAAGCCUCAGCGACCCACUUUCAGCGUUGCUUGGCCAAAGCGCCAGCGAGGGCGUGGAGCAGACAUCAAAAGCUUCGGAUGCGGAUGCGGAGUUCGAGGCGGUCUUUGCAGAGCGGGCAGAGAAGCAAACAGUCCAAAGGGACUUAACGCAACUCUCCGACGCCAAGAGGAAGAGUCUCUUGAAGAAGGAGUCACCAGAGCUGCUGCCGCUGUUGCAAAACUUCCAAGAUAAUGUCAAAGCUCUGCUGCCGCUGCUGGCCUUGCUGAAGCCAAGCGCAAAGAAGCGGCUGCCUUCUUCUGGUGCAUCCUACCUGGAGGCGCGCGUCAGCCUGCUCUUGAACCAUCUGGCCAACUUAUCAUUCUACUUGAUGAUGAAGGCGGAGGGUGGUGACGUUCGUUCGCAUCCUGUUGUUUCGCAACUAGUGUGGUUGCGUGAACUGGGUGAGCUCAUGAAAUCCGUGGAUGAGCGUGUGGGCACGAAGCUGAAGAAGGCUGUGAAGCAGGCAAGCAAGCUCCCAGACCUGGAGGAUGUGCUACAGGAGGAGAGGCCUAAGAAGGAUGUGACAAGCAUGGAAGAUAAGCCAGAGCCUGCCCAGAAACCAGCCCUGUCGCUUGCAGAGCGGUUAGCGCGGCUUCGUGGGAAAAAAGGAUCAGAGCCAGAAGAGAAGAGGGAUCCCCAGCAAUCUGGAACUCCUCUUGUUUCUUCACUGUUGCGAUUGCCCCCUUCCAGGCGUAGGCUAAAUCGCAGUGCAGAGGGUCCGGCAGACUUGGAUGAGAUUGACCCGACCUUGGGUGCUUGGAUGCCCUCGACGAGUUUGAGCCAACAGCUAUCCGAGGUGCAGCAGCACCUCCGUGAGCGAAAGGCUAAGGCCGCACCACAGGCUUCCGAUGUCAAUCCGGAGCCUCGCGCCAGAGCCCACCGGGAGCGAGUUCAGACUGAAAUCGACCCCAGGCAAACUGAGGAUGUGCCUAAGCAGGAGAGCAUGCAACAUGCUCGGAGUGGUGGUGAUGAAGAUGGAUUGGGAGAGGUCUUAUCCGAAGCCAAUGCAAAGUCCAAGGCACGGAAAGAACGGAAAGCUGCAGAGCUUUCUGCCAAGAUGAAAGCUAAAGUUGCUCAGCAGUACCACCCGGAGAAGCCAGUUGAGGCUCGCAGUUUGUUAGCUCUGUCGCAUGAAGGCAAGAAGAAAGCAGGUAAUGCACGCGUGGCAAACCGCCAGAAGUACGACAAGCUGGUGAAGCGCAGGAAGGGAGCCGUGCAGGAGAUGCGCGAGGGAGCCGCCGAUGGUGCAACCUACGACGGCGAAGCAACUGGCUUGCGCACCAACCUCCGGAAGUCCAUGAAGCUGGGCUAA